AUGUCUAUCUGGGGCCUUCAUUUGCCGGAUGAAUUCAGGAAGGCGGUAAAGGAGGCGUCCGACACGUUGACAAAGGCUGAGCUUUUGGAGAUUUACGAGAUGAAGGCCGCCUUCAACCUUCCACAUGGACUACUGGCAUCAUUUGAUAUUGACAACCCCUUUGGCCAGCUCACACUCCGUACCAGUCCCCUUUCCCCACCAGAAAACACCUCUGGAUGCAGCAUGGCGCGAAACAAAUCAAAGAAAGGAAAGGGAAAAUCCAAGGAUGACGAGUCAGCCAAAGCUGGCGCUGCCGUUCAGACAGACAACUUGAACGCCCCCACCGAAGCAGCUACCGCCGAAGCAGCCACCACCGAAGCAGCUACCACCGAUGUAGCUACCACCGAAGCAGCUACCACCGAAGCAGCUACCACCGAAGCGGCUACCACUGAAGCAGCCGCUGAGGCUUCCGAUACGAAGGCUGUUAAAAAGUUCUAUGUUAUCCCCCACUCCGGUCAACGCCUGUCUCGAGCAGACUACAAAGGUUAUCUCGAUUAUGAUGGUAACACGGAUAGGGGCGUCAACGAGUACUGGAAACUUGACGUCGUUGAAGAGACCUGGCCCACUUUCACCGAGGUUGUAACGUACAAGGGAUUGCAGCUUGACGCUACCCGAAUCCCUCACGCUUUUCCAAGAUCUGUCCGCUGCUUUUAUACUAAGCUGAAGGGUAUCAUUGUCGCAUGGUGCAAGGAAGGAGGUUUUAGGGGAGGUGCGUUUGCCGAGAAGAUAAAUUUCGAUAGCCCACUCUACGACAUACUUCAUGUCAUCCACCACUCCCCUGUAGUAACCAAGGAGCAGAGACAGGUCUUUGAGCACGUCAUAAUGAAAAUCUACGAUGAAGUCAACUCAGACCUCCUGGAUCCUCAAACCAACAAGUCCUGCAACAAACAAUACUUUAAGAAGUUCGACGGAGAGCUUGAGUGGAUCGGAGCCUUCUUCCAGAUUAACUCGAAGUAUACCCCGCCACCUAUGCCCAAUGACAUUAGCGAUGUGUGGCUCGAGGAGCUUGGUCCGAAAUUCACUGCCAACUAUCGCCUUGCCUUGGCCGGUGACCCAGCUGCUCCUUUCAAGGUUGCCACUCCUCGUCGGAAUAAGUUUGGCAUGUCAAUGAGCGGCUACGAGCUCGGUCCGAAAUUCCGGCACUCUCUGAAAAAGCCUGUCAAGGAUCGAGUUCUCCGGGCUUACAGUGUCUCCGACAAUAUCAACAAUGAUCAGACCGUUUCUGCAGCAGAGGGUCGGACAUCGAAGGGAAACGCCAAGAACAAGGAUAACGAAAAGUCUGGUCUGUUGGCUCCAGCAGUUCCCAAGGAUUCUAUUCAGUGA